CGCCUCGCCACGGCCCCAUCUGACGAGCGGCCAUUCAUCAGGCCGGCUGGCCUAUCAAUGACAUUGCUCCCAUCGGGGCUCCUAUAAAAUGAUGCUUUUUCCCAUGAAACAUCCGCAAACAUUUUGACGGGUUUGGCUUUGCCCGGCUGGAUUACUGAGUGUCCCCUUGCUCGCUCGCUCUUUCUCUCUCCCCCUUCUCCGAGCUCUCUCCCUUCUCUCUCUCUCUCCUCUUUUCUUCUUUCUCUGUUCGCCUUUCUCUUUCUGCCUUUUCCUUUUCUUCUUUAUCCUUCCGUCCUUGCACUCUCUGCGUCUCUUUCUCCUUUUCCCCUCCUUCCUCCCUUCCUCCCUGGGCAGCUCUAGCACAGGGGACCCCCAAACAUCAGGACUUUUGGGGGGCGCCUGUGCUGUCCAUGGGAAGAGCAUGCAUUGUGGGUUACUGGAGGAACCCGACAUGGAUUCCACAGAGAGCUGGAUUGAAAGAUGUCUCAAUGAAAGUGAAAACAAACGUUAUUCUAGCCACACAUCUCUGGGGAAUGUUUCUAAUGAUGAAAAUGAGGAAAAAGAAAAUAAUAGAGCAUCCAAGCCCCACUCCACUCCUGCUACUCUGCAAUGGCUGGAGGAGAACUAUGAGAUUGCAGAAGGGGUCUGCAUCCCUCGCAGUGCCCUCUACAUGCAUUACCUGGACUUCUGUGAGAAGAAUGACACCCAGCCCGUCAAUGCUGCCAGCUUUGGAAAGAUCAUAAGGCAGCAGUUUCCUCAGUUAACCACCAGAAGACUCGGGACCCGAGGACAGUCAAAGUAUCAUUACUACGGCAUCGCGGUGAAGGAAAGCUCCCAAUAUUAUGAUGUGAUGUAUUCCAAGAAAGGAGCCGCCUGGGUGAGCGAGACGGGCAAGAAAGAAGUGAGCAAACAGACGGUGGCAUAUUCACCCCGGUCCAAACUUGGAACAUUGCUGCCAGAGUUUCCAAAUGUCAAAGAUCUAAAUCUGCCGGCCAGUCUGCCAGAGGAGAAGGUUUCUACCUUUAUUAUGAUGUACAGAACACACUGUCAGAGAAUACUGGACACUGUAAUAAGAGCCAACUUUGAUGAGGUUCAAAGUUUCCUUCUGCACUUUUGGCAAGGAAUGCCGCCCCACAUGCUGCCCGUGCUGGGCUCCUCCACGGUGGUGAACAUCGUCGGCGUGUGUGACUCCAUCCUCUACAAAGCUAUCUCUGGAGUGCUGAUGCCCACUGUGCUGCAGGCAUUACCUGACAGCUUAACUCAGGUGAUCCGAAAGUUUGCCAAACAGCUGGAUGAGUGGCUAAAAGUGGCUCUCCACGACCUCCCAGAAAAUUUACGAAACAUCAAGUUUGAAUUGUCGAGAAGAUUUUCCCAAAUUCUGAGACGGCAAACAUCACUAAAUCACCUUUGCCAGGCAUCUCGAACAGUGAUCCACAGUGCAGACAUCACAUUCCAAAUGCUGGAAGACUGGAGGAACGUGGACCUCAACAGCAUCACCAAGCAAACCCUCUACACCAUGGAAGACACUCGAGAUGAGCACCGGAAGCUCAUAAUCCAGUUGUAUCAGGAGUUCGACCAUCUCCUGGAGGAGCAGUCUCCCAUCGAGUCCUACAUCGAGUGGCUGGACACCAUGGUGGACCGGUGUGUUGUGAAGGUGGCUGCCAAGAGGCAAGGGUCCUUGAAGAAGGUGGCCCAGCAGUUCCUCUUGAUGUGGUCCUGUUUUGGCACAAGGGUGAUCCGGGACAUGACCUUGCACAGUGCCCCCAGCUUCGGGUCUUUUCACCUAAUUCACUUGAUGUUUGAUGACUAUGUGCUCUACCUGUUAGAAUCCCUGCACUGCCAGGAGCGCGCCAGUGAGCUCAUGCGAGCCAUGAAGGGAGAAGGAAGCACCGCAGAAGUCCGAGAGGAGAUUAUCUUGACGGAGGCUGCCCCACCAACCCCUUCACCAGUGCCAUCGUUUUCUCCAGCAAAAUCUGCCACGUCCGUGGAAGUGCCACCUCCCUCCUCCCCUGUCAGCAACCCAUCCCCCGAGUACACUGGCCUCAGCACUACAGGAGCGAUGCAGUCAUACACGUGGUCUCUAACAUACACAGUGACAACGGCAGCAGGAUCUCCAGCUGAAAACUCCCAACAGCUGCCCUGUAUGAGGAGUACACACGUACCUUCCUCCUCGGUCACACACAGGAUCCCAGUUUAUCCCCACAGAGACGAGCACGGGUACACAGGAAGCUAUAACUACGGGAGCUAUGGCAACCAGCAUCCUCCCCCAAUGCAGAGCCAGUACCCGGCCCUCCCGCACGACACAGCCAUCUCGGGACCGCUCCACUACUCCCCGUACCACAGGAGCUCUGCACAGUACCCGUUUAAUAGCCCCACUUCCCGGAUGGAACCUUGUUUGAUGAGCAGUACUCCCAGACUGCAUCCUACCCCAGUCACCCCCCGAUGGCCAGAGGUGCCCACAGCCAACACGUGCUACACAAGCCCGUCUGUGCAUUCCACGAGGUAUGGAAACUCUAGUGACAUGUACACACCCCUGACCACGCGCAGGAAUUCUGAGUAUGAGCACAUGCAACACUUUCCUGGCUUUGCUUACAUCAACGGAGAGGCCUCCACAGGAUGGGCUAAGUGACUGCUUUCAUAGAAAUCCAUAUUUAAUAUUAAUAAUAAUUAAUAAUAAUAAUAAUAAACUCAACACCCACCCCCCAGAAGAAUUUUAUCUCAAUACAUCAUAACUCCUGGACUAUUCCUAGGCGUCCAUCUUCCUAAUGAAUAUGAGGCUGGGAUUCAGUGUGGGAUGAUAAACUUUAGUUCAGAAAUGGGACUCACUAAAAGUCAGUGAGGUUGGGUUCCUGUAGCCAAGCCAGACUUGACUGUUUGUAUAGAGCACUAUCUCGGGCAGGCCGACCUGUCCCUUUUCCCUCUGUUCCAUGCCUUCACUUUAUGUUGGCAACCAUUGCCAGUAAAUUACCUAUUUUCCUGUUGACAGAAGCUCUUUAGUCUUGAAGGGUGGAUACUAGAGACGGAAUCUGGUUUGUGCUUUUGGA